AUGUUCGACUCGGACCUUUUUUCAAAAACGUCAAAGUCUCGCCCACUGAGUGAUGUUUUACAUAUAUUGGUUUUACUUAUAAUAACUAAAUUAAUAAAAACAUUUGGUUUAUUUUUAACCUACGACUUGUUGAAAUCUUAUCAUCUUGUUUUAAUUCUUUUUCUUACAACUUUAUUUGCUUCGCUUUGUUUAUUAUUUAUUCAAAAGCCAUUUUCAUCAUUUCGACCAACGAAACAAUUACUUUAUCGUCUAAUUAAAUAUACAAUAUGUCUUACAAUAAUUCGUCUUCUAUGGCUAUUUGGUUUGACAUUAUGUGGUCCAUUAAGAACGAUUCUAUUAUUUGAGCAUAGCGAUAUUGUUAUCAUCGGAAGUUGCCAAGUCCUUUUUUCAUCAGCAUUCAGUGGUCAACAAGGACAAACAGCACGCAUUCGUGGUGUUGUCUUUUUUAUUCUAGCUGUUUUAGCUAUAUUUGCAUUUGAUAAUGAUGAUUCACGACAACAUGUUGAUCAUCCCGAAGGUUAUUCACAUCAUCGGUUUUUUGCACAUAUUUUUUAUCAAUUAACAUCAUUAAUUGGUGUUGCUGAUCAUAAAGGCGGAGUUAUUUUAUUACUAAUUGCUUUAUUUUUUCGUUGUGCAAUUAAUUCGUGGAGUAAAAAAUUAGUAUUAGAUAUAGGUGGACCAAAAAAUUUUUAUGCUAUAACAACAUGUUUAUCAACUGUAUGUCUUAUUCCAAUGUCAUUUAUUAUUUUAUUAGUUAAUAAUCUUUUUCCGGAUUCAAUUGAUCCAAUACGUUCAACAUAUCCAACAACAGAGUCAACAUCAACGACAUUUCUUGACAAUAUUUCAUCGUUGAUCAUUCCAAUUAUUAUUAUAACAAUAUUUUUAUUUAUCUUGGAUUUUUAUGUCGAACAAUUAUCAAUCGUUAAACUUGAUCGAACACAUACAUACCGCUAUGGAACAUUAACAAUCAUAUUUAGUGCACUACUUGUUUCAUUUAUUUGGGUUAAAACAGCCAGUGUUACUAGUAGUAAUGUAUGGUUUGGACGAAUGAUUCAAGUUGAAGAACAUGAAUUAUCAGGGGGUGUUGUUUUUGCUGUUGUUAUGUUUGCAUUUGCAACUGAUCUUUUAUUAAGUCCAAUGCGACAACGAUCAGGCGCUUUUAUUGGUUACAAUCAAGAAGGUGUACCAUUAUUUAAUCUAACUCAUCAAAAAUCACAAUCAUUAUUACUUAUUAUUAAAUCAAGUUUAAGAGAUAUCCUUUCAGAAUCGGAUUCAAGAAAUAUUUUCUAUUUUCUCUGUAUUAAUCUAAUGUUUACAUUUGUUGAACUUCUCUACGGAGCUUGGACAAAUUCAUUGGGUUUACUUAGCGAUGGUUUUCAUAUGUUGUUUGAUUGUACAGCACUUGUUGUUGGUCUUUAUGCGGCACUUAUGUCCCGUUGGAAACCAACACGAGUUUUUUCAUAUGGUUAUGGCCGAGUAGAAGUUCUUUCGGGCUUUGUUAAUGGUUUAUUUCUUGUUGUUGUGGCCUUUUUUGUUUUUUAUGAAGCCGUUGGUCGACUUUUUGAACCUCCGGAAAUUGAUACAAAUCGUUUAUUAGUCGUAUCGGUUGCUGGAUUUGCAGUUAAUAUGAUUGGUAUAUUCUCAUUUAGUCAUGCGCAUGCACAUGCUCAUGGUGGCGGUGGUGGAAGUUGUGCUAUGAGCCAACCAGCUCCUGUAAAAGAGACACAACAUCAUGGCCAUUCUCAUGAGGGAAAUGAUCAUUCACAUUCACACGGACAUUCACACAGUGGUGGUCACGAUCAUGGACAUUCACAUGGAUCAAGUGAAAAAUCAAGUCAUCAAGGACAUAAUCAUUCGUUGACGGAUAAUGCUAAUAUGAGAGGUGUUUUUCUUCAUGUAUUAGCUGAUACACUGGGGAGUGUGGGUGUAAUUAUUUCAUCAUUACUUAUUCAAUAUUUUGGUUGGAAUAUAUCGGAUCCAAUAUGCUCAUUAUUUAUUUCAAUAAUGAUCUUCCUUUCUGUAAUUCCACUUUUAAAAGAAAGUGCUAUGACACUUCUACUGCAAACUCCAUCACAUAUUCAAUAUGAAAUACUCGAUCGAAUAUUGAAACUUGAUCAAGUACAAUCAUAUUCGGAUGAACAUUUUUGGAAUCUUUCAUCAUCUACUACUGUCGGAACUAUUCAUGUGCAAAUUACAAAUGAUGGUGAUGAACAACGUGUUACAGCUCAAGUUCAAACCAUUCUUAAAGAGGCUCAAAUUCAUAAUGUAGCAGUUCAAGUUGAAAAGCAAAUUUUCUUUAAUCAUUUGAAUGGACUUAAUUCUGCUCUUGGUCAAUUAGCAUCAUCACAAAGAACGUUUUCACAUAGAUAA